UGUUUAUUGAAGAAAAUGGUAAAAUUUACCAGAAAGGUUCACCAUACAAAACAUCGUUCAAUUAUUGCAACUUCAUAUGCCAAACUGUCAUCUGCUGUCAUCAUUGCGAACAUUAAUUUUCGGCCCUUACUCAUUUAACGUCGUUUUGUCUUAUAAUUAGAUGACAAUUGAACCAUAACGUUAUUCGGCCUUCGCUUUCCACUUACAUAGCGUCUGAAAACGCGAGUUACGGUUUUAUACCUUCUGCGAUGUUGUACUUAAUUUGAAAUGCGAAACGUUGGAUAUUAAGUGCGAUUGUGCUGUUGCAUUAAAAUCAUGCUUAAUAAAACAACUUCACGGCAAGAAAUUUUGGAUAACUCUUUAAAUGUGGAAAAUGGAGGCGUCGAUAAUCCGGCGUAUGAAAAUGAGGAAAAACGAACGGAGGUUGCCGAGGAAGACGUGUGGGCGCUUCCAGAACUCCAGGUAGACUUCACACCCUGGUCACAGUUGACGGUCAGGGAGAAGAUUGUGCGCGUGCUGUGGCACUACAUCGGCAAGAUCGUCCUUCUGCUGGGUUUCCUCUAUCUCUUCAUCUGCUCGCUCAGUUUUCUUGGAGACGCAUUCAAUCUUCUUGGCGGUAAAACUGCCGGUAAAGCGUUCUCCGAGAACAAGAUCCUUGCGAACCCUGUGGCGGGCCUGAUGAUCGGCGUGCUGGCCACGGUGCUACUACAGAGCUCUUCCACCACCACCUCCAUCGUCGUUAGCAUGGUCGGCGGUGGGGAAUUGCUCACCGUCCCACUGGCCAUUCCAAUUAUCAUGGGUGCAAACAUUGGAACUUCCAUCACCAACACCAUCGUCUCUCUCGGACAGAUUGCUAAUAAGAACGACUUCCGACGCGCAUUCGCUGGUGCAACCGUGCACGACGUGUUUAACUGGCUAACAGUGCUGGUGCUGCUGCCGCUUGAGGUCGUCACAGGUUACUUGGAGAAGGUGACCAAUGUGAUAGUGGAUUCGAUGGAUCUUCAGACCAAUAUGGGCGGAAAAAGGGAUUUUCUUAAUGUCGUCACGAAACCAUUUACAUCUCUAAUUAUUCAGAUUGAAAAAGACGUGAUUAAAAACAUCGCUACGGGAAAAAUAAGCGCCGACAAGACCAUGUCCAUCAUAAAGCACGUGUGCUGUGACAAGGUCAAGAACGCAACCACGGUGCUUGUCAAUGGGACACUGGUGAAACAGGUCAAGGAGGUCAAGGUCAACUGUGGAUAUUGUACAUUUAUGUUUGAGUACGUGUCACGUGACGGUGGUUGGUCGGACGCCGCGGUUGGCGGCGUGUUGCUGCUGGUAUCCCUCGUUAUCCUGUGUUCGUGCCUCAUCGGCAUCGUCAAGUGCCUUCACUCGCUUCUACGAGGACAAAUGGCGCACGUGAUCCGGAAGUUCAUCAAUGCGGAUUUCCCCGGCCAUUGUGGAUACUUCACAGGGUACCUUGCCAUUUUGGUAGGCGCUGGCAUGACGAUGCUGGUACAGUCCAGCUCAGUGUUUACGAGCUCCCUGACUCCCCUGGUCGGCAUCGGAGUGCUGUCAGUUGAAAGGAUGUAUCCUCUGACUCUGGGAUCCAAUAUUGGCACAACUGCAACAAGUAUUCUUGCCGCAUUCGCCCAGGACCCUAAAAAGAUCAGAAACUCCCUGCAGAUAGCAUUAUGUCAUCUUUUCUUCAACAUCAGUGGCACUAUAAUAUUCUAUCCACUACCAUUUUUCCGGCCCCCAAUAGGCGUUGCAAAAUUCUUGGGUAACCAGACAGCUAAGUACCGGUGGUUUGCUGUUGCCUACUUAAUUUGUGCGUUCUUCUUGUUUCCGGCGGCGUUAUUCGGUUUGUCCGUCGUAUCGUGGAUUGCCUUAGCGGCCGUACUCAUCCCUAUAGCAUUGCUUAUAUUGACGAUUGGAGCUAUAAAAAUAGUUCAGCAUCGAUGUCCUACAUCACUUCCACCAAAGUUGCGUACCUGGAUGUGGUUGCCAGUGUACUGCCGGUCACUAGAGCCAUAUGAUCGCGGCCUGUUUCGGCUCACCGGAAACUGUUACUUCUGCCGGAAGGUUGGUUGCUGCAAGGCGUUUGCUGAUCAGCCCGCGGAGGAAACGGCGAGGCUCGAGGUGGAACUCGACCUAUCCACUUCCGCCGACACCACGGUAAAGCAGUCUGACAACGGCAUGUCAAGUCGUUUAUGAGCAGACAGACACCCGUUGUCAUAUUCCGUAAGAUUUGAAGAUACGAUUUAAUGUUUAAGACAUUUGUGCAUUGUUAUGUGUACUAGUGAAACAUGUGUAUACAGUUUUUAAACCAGUGAUUUGUCGAAUUUUGUUUGAGGAGGGCUUUGCAAGAUAUUAAAUGUCAGGCUAUAAGGAAGGGUA